AUGGCCCCGCAGGAGCUUCAGCAGCUGGUGCGCGUAGCGCUGAAGCAUCGCGAGGGCGAGUGCGCGGGCUUCCAAGUGGCGUCUGAGGGCCCAGAGGGCUCCAAAGGCCCUCGCUCGGGGCGGAAGAAGCGCGGUUCCGGCCAUUCUCAGCGGCUUGUGCCGCUCUCGCUGGCCUGCAAGGCCCCCGAGCUGUUAUCUGGGCGUGUGUCCGCUCUGUUUGCGCCGUCCGCGGCCUCCCAGCGACCUCUGGAGCCCGAGAAGGACGCGGAGAAGGGCGACCUGAGGCUCAAGCGGCUUCUGGACGCGCUGCUGAGCGAGCUGCAGCUCUCCGCCUUCGAGGCGGCCGUGCUGAGGGACCUGUGCGAGCAGCAGAGCGCCCGCGUGCUGAAGGAGAUGGACGGGAAGACGUCGGUGGAGCACAAGAAGGAGUUUUUACUGGGGCUGCUGCGUCCGGAGGGCUCUGUGAGCCCUAAAAAGGAGCAGCAGACGCCUAAGAAGAAGGAGAAGAAGGACCAGGGAGAGGACUCGCUCCAUGCCGAGCUGGUGGCCAAGAGAGUGGCGGCUAUCGGCCGUAGAGUCUUCAGUCCGCAGGUGCAGAUGCAGGUGCUGGCGCUGGCGGAGGAGAUCAGAGCGAGCUGGAGAACGACAGGGGGGAAGAGUGCAGCUGGCAGCAGGUUUGCGGAUACGAUGGAGCUGCUGGCCUUGGUAGAGAGGCUGCUGGACAAGCACGUGCUGCCCGAGGAGCACGGUGCGCACCUAAUGGAGCUCGUGCUGGGCGAGAACCGCGUGCUGUGGAGCGCACUGCAGAGCUACAAGAACGAUGGAGGAAGCUUGUCGGACUUGGAAACCACGGCUAAGCGGCUCGCGGCGCUGGGCUGCGAUCCGCCCAAGCCGAUCGCCAACAAGUCCAAGAAGGGGAAGAGUCCGAGGUGGCUGGGGAAACAGAGCUCGCUGGCGAAGAGAAGGGUGCGCGACGCCGCAAAGGCGACACCGUCGGCCGUGUCCGUGGUGCGCUCGCUGCACGCGCAGCACAUGCUUACGAGUCUGGAGUUGGACAUUGUGCAGGCGCUGGUGGGCCAGGAGGAUUCGCAGGUGUUGCAGAUCUUGAAAAACUUUGAGCAGAGCGACCAUCGUGAUGUGGGCGCGCUGCGAGACGCGCUGGUGAGCAUUGUGGAGGAGAUCACGAUGGAACUCGGAGAUGAAGAGAAGGCUGCUGCGGCGUUUGCCCGAGGCCUUGAUGAUGCUGUUCGAGAAGAGAACUCGUUCGUUGACAGCGACGACGAUAGUGACACGUUGGGGUGGCAGCGUCAUGUCGGCUUCUUGCUUGGUCAGUGGCAGGCCCAGCACCAUCUCACGCCGGCUGACGCUAAUACUCUACGAAGGAUGGUGGCGCAGCGGCACAAUUUGCUGGAGAGUGCAUAUGAGGUGUUUGCAGGCGAUGGCGACGCUAGUGAGCUGCUGGACACGCUCCAGCGCGUGGCGAAGCUGCAGCGCCAGAUCGAGCAGAGUCAGGCUGGUCAGAACGUUGCAAGUGGUGGGCCUGUCAGUGAUCUCAGCCUCGAGGAUGUCGUGCGGGAGAUGCAGAGGCGUGGAGUGCUGCAAGCGGGGGAUGCUGCAGGUCUGUUGGUCUUGUUCCAUGGUGGUAAUGAAGCUCUUCAGGCUGCGAACGAGGCUUUCCAGGCUGAUGGCGAUGUCCACGAGUUGGAAGAAACACUGCUGCUCGUGGUCAAACACGCUCGCUUUGGUGACGCAGAGGAAAACAAACCUGCUGAUGAGAGUCAGGCUGUGUCACGGCUUCUAGCCGAGUUCGGACGAAGCGGUCGGCUCGAACUGUGGCAAAUCCAGUUGCUGAUGUCGUUGUGCAAGUCACACGACCCACGUUUGUUUGCUGCAGUGGAUGUUUACAACGAGGACGAGGACGUGGACGAGCUGAUUGAGACGCUUGAGAUAUUGGUCGAGUUGGCGGCCUGGGGGCGUCACCGCCGAGCAAUGGUGCACGAUUGGAUCGCACCGCUGGCCCGCAGUGGAAAGCUUCCUCGUGGUGGAGCAGAACGACUCGUGCAGCUUGUAAAGGCUCGUGAUGACCGCGUCGUGGCGGCACUCGUCGUGUUCUUGAGCGACAACAACAAGGAGGAGUUCGUGGACACGCUGGCACGUAUUGCAUGUCUAGAGGUCAUGAAACUGAAGGACGUGCAGGAAGAGGUCAAGCAGGGUGAGUCAAAAGAGGGACACUUGGUGCUGGCCAUGCUUAAGGAGUUGGAGGAGAAGGGCGUCAUGUCUGAAGAGGAACGCGAGCAGAUUGAGGAGCUGGUGUGCAGCGGUGAGCCACGAAUGUUAGCGGCAAUGGACGUGCUGGCAGCGACACAUGACACCGACGAUUUUGCUGAUACCGCCCGACGCAUCUUGUCCACACGGAAGGAUGAUACUACUGAGGAGGGUGAAGCGAUUUCGGUUGAAGCCGCAAAGGAUACCGAAUCGGACCCCCAGUCUCCGGAAAACGGCACCGAAGAGAGUUCUGUUGUUGGUCGACUAAACGAAGAAGUUGGAGAGAAAGUCGACGAAGUGAUACCUGAGGAAAGCUCGCCCGGUGACCAGAAGGAAGAGCCACCUCACCGAGCCGAAAAGGAGGAAUUGGGAGAAGAGAACGGCGGAGAGGUGGUCGAGAAGAAGGAAACGGCAGAUGAGGCUGUGAAUGAUGAGAAUAACGUGGUGGAGCAGAAGGAAGAGCCGGAUAAGUCGGAAAUCGAGAAGGUUGGAGAGCUAGAAGAACAAAAGUAA